AUGACGAGGCCUUCCAAGUUGAGAACACCCAGAGCGUCAACGAACCAGCCCACAAGCAACAACCCACUACCUACUGUUGAGGAAGCGGCUGAGACAAUCGAUUCUUCGCCCACACCUGCCGCCACCAACCCGAAGCCUAAGACACCAGCCAAGCCCAAAUCGCCAGCCAAGUCCAAAACAGCAGCGACGCCGAAAGCGACCACGAAGAAAGGCACUGGGAAACCAAAGACUCCGACACCACCCCCGCCAGAAGCCGUGGAAGUCUCUGACGAUGACAACGCCGAAAAGCCUGAAGGCGGAUCACCUGAAAGGGGCAUCGUUGUCUCGAGUACUGACAGCUCACCUCUAUCAAGCCCUAAGUCUGUCCCGUCGUCUCCUUUUGGACGCAUCACGACGCCAAAGCCUGGCAAGAAAAGACGAACAGCCUUCGAAGACAAGACUUACAAGGACGAUGACGUCUCGAACGAGGAACCAGCACCGAGCCCGACACCAAAAGCCGUAGCUGGACCGAAGCGGAAGACCGUAAAGUUCGUUGACAAGACUUAUACCCCUGGGCAGGAAUCCAGCGAUGACGAAAGCAAUCCUCGGCCGAAGGACUCCUCUCGCAAACGGAAGUCGCCUCAGUAUGAGGACGAGGCAUCUGAAGUAGAUGACGAAGAACAGGAAGAAGAUGACUACGACUACGACUACCUCUAUUUUCUCGACGAUCUUAAUCGGUCUACUGAAGCUGCUGGCCUCGAUGAAGAGCUUGUCCAAGAAGCAGCCCCUCAGACGAGCUUCCCCGAAGAAUCUGAAGUUCCUACGAGUGGACCGGCCUCACCUACCAUCUCGGGACCAAAUACAAUUCCCAGUAUCGAGACUCCCAUCGAAUCUCUUUCACGUAGUACCUCGAGCUCUGGCUCGCGAGGAAGCAACCGCCCCUCACCCAAGCGUCAACGAACCACAUCGCCAUCGGCUGUAAGUCCAUCCCACAAAGACACCACGGAACUCGGAGUGGACGGAGACAAGGUGAACGAUUCCAACGACCCCAUCGCAGUCGCAAAGGCACUUUUCAUGACAGUCCAGAAGGCACCGAGACCACUCGAUCUCGGCGAGAUCAGCGCCCUGUUCAUGGUCCUGCAGGAGAAGAUUUCCUUGUUCUGCAAAACCCACUUCGAUUUCGAGCUCACGCCCGACCAGCAAGAAGCAUGGUCCAUGCAUCUUCUCGACACGAAGUACAAGGCACUGUAUGAAGUGACGCAGUGGAUUGCGGACGGUAGCGGAUGCGGAUGGCGCAACUUCUUCACCAAGAAAGAGAACCGCCGACACCUCGUCCACGGCAUCGUCAGCGAAUACUUCCAGCAGCAUAUCUUCAAACACACCGCCUUUGGCAUUCCAGAAGACAUGCUAGAGGAGCUUGAGGACAUCGACCGGGAGUAUCUCCGCUACGACGCAUUCGUGCGCAACAAGAAAAAGGCCGCAUACAUGGAGAACUCGCGUUUCGUCGACGAAUACUUCCCGACGCCAGGCGACCAUCCUCCACACCCCGAAUACCCUCCCAACCACCAAUACCACGAUGACGUGGAUCUCGCGGCCCGCAGACUGGCGACCACGAUCAUGCAAGUCCUGGAACCACUCCUUCCGCCUCCAUGUUUCGAUCCGCUCCAGGUCCGCCAGUGGAGAAUGUCAGCCAGUCAGCGAGACUUAGCUGCUCUCCUCCGGAACGACAUCUGGUUCGAUCUCGUCGACUUGAUUCGCAAGGCCGUGGCACUGCACCACUGUAUCCGGUUCGCGGGCCACUCUGGCCUCGUCGUCCGCAUCGCACCCCACGUGGCCAAGGGGACCAUGUUCACCGUCGACGAUGCCGACAGGAACAUCUGCGUGAACGCCGAGGAGCUGAACAGUAGCGCAUCACGACCACAGGGCCCGGACGCCAGACUGCGCGUCAAGAUGACGUGUUUCGGCCGCGUCGAAGCCGUCAUGCCACGAGGUCUCGACUUGGAACAGAUGGAGAAGGAACAAGCCGCGGCAAAAGCAGCAGGGUACGUUCUCACGCGCGAAGAGGCCGAGAGAAAGCUAUUUCCCAAGCUGCCGUAUGAGUUGCAGGAGACCGAUGCCGGACGAAAUGCCGUCGCCCACCUCGACCCCGUCCCUGGCACGGAGUGGAAUACCGCGCUCUACCGCGCGAAUCUAGAGAGCCACGUCGACCAGCGCUUCUCGCGAGAAACAACGCCGACGAUGAUGCCCCAAGCAGUCAGCCAUCCCUUUGUGACCAUAUACCCUCGAGUCGCUCCCUCCAAUCUAUACUGCGAGUGGGUUUCCGCCGACAAGUCGUCGCAGGGCUGGAAUCAGAGAGCCCAAACGCUCUGGGAGGCCGUGCAAGAAGCACGCAACGAGAAGUUCAUGUUCGCUCUUCGCGAGGACGUGUGGAAUACCAUCACCGACCCCUUCCUCCUGCAAUGGCUCGUGUACUGCGGCAUUGCUGGCAGCGUGGGCAUAUACGGCACCCGCCAGCUCGUCAGGAUGCUCGAGGCGCCUCGCUCCCAAGAGGUAUUGACCGACGUGCAGACCAGCGCCAGCCACGCCCUGUCCGCCCUCUCCGCCGUUGGAAUCAGCGCCACCUCGUACUUGUCGCGACUUCUAACCUCAUCAACAAGAGCAUCGACUACGCUGUGGGCUACGCGGAUCCACCCGAGCGAGUGGACGUACUUCGCACCAUUGACUGUGCCGCGGGAUACCUUCACGUCGACCGUGAUAGGGACGCCCCGAACAAGGACAACGACUGUCGAGGUCGAGACGUCCAUCCUGGACACCGUCCUCGAGACGCACGAUCCGCUUAGGUCGAUGGCGACGGAGGAUGUCACGACCCUAACGACGCCGAUGGAAGUCGACGAGAGUACGAUGAUGACAACACCAAUAGACGUCGACGAGAGCGAAGUAAUGACAACACCAACGGAUACACCAAUGGAUACCCCCGACGCCACGACAGGCGUCGGCGAAUCAACACCGCAGACUUCACAGUCAAGCGGUACUGAUGCCGAUGCCGCCGAUGGCCUCCUAUCAAGCCUCCGUGCCGCAGGGAUCCUGACGGCAAGCGAAAGCGGCACCGAUAGCCCCAAGGCGACACUCAAGGAGUACGUCUUCCGCAGCACGGUGGACAGGGACAGUGAGGAGUUUGCGUGGAUUCAAGAGAUGGUCCGCAAGAGGAUGAAGGCGGAGGGGAAGCUCGUGGAUGUCGAAGAGGAUGAGAAGCCGGAGACCACGGAGACUCCUAACCGCGUGGUGAGGUCGAAGGUGCUCUGA